UCUCUUUCUCUCCUACUUCUUUUCGUCCUUUCUUGCCACCACUCUACCGUCCUCGAUUCUACCACUCGCAUCUCUUCUCCGACUCGCAUCUCUUCUCCGAUACUCUACACUUCUACGUACUCUACCCACAUCAGUCACCAUGCCUAAGAUCACUGAACUUUUCUUCGACUGUGACAACACCCUCGUCCUCUCGGAAGAGUUGGCCUUCGAGGCGUGUGCUGAUCUCGCCAACGAGAUUCUCGAGAAGCGUGGCAUCCCGGACCGUUACACCGGCUCUCAGCUCAUCCAGGACUUUGUCGGUCAGAACUUCCGUGGUAUGAUGAUCUCUCUUCAGGCCAAGUACAAGUUCGAGUUGUCCAAGGAAGAUCUGGAGGACUACGUCAAAAAGGAGGAGGACAAGGUCAUCGUGAAGUUGAACGAGAAGGCCCAGCCUUGCAUCGGUGUCAACGAGGUGUUGGAGAACCUUUACAACUCUAAGAAGUAUGACAUGGCCGUCGUCUCUUCGUCCGCUCUCCGCCGUGUCCGGGCUUCCAUCAAGAAGGUCGGCCAGGACAAGUGGCUCGACCCCGAAUUGGUCUUCAGUGCUGCCAGCUCCUUGGCCAAGCCUACCUCCAAGCCUGACCCCGCCAUCUACCUCCACGCUCUUGACAAGUGCGGCAAGAAGGCCGAGGAGACCGUUGCCAUCGAGGACAGCAAGUCUGGUGCGCUCAGCGCCAUCCGUGCCGGCAUCCACUGCAUCGCCUACGUUGGAAGCUACCCCGAUGACAACAAGAAGUUGGAGAUGGCUCAGCAGCUCGAGACACUCGGUGCCAAGGUCGUCAUGAAGGACUGGACCGAGUUCGAGAAGUGCCUUGGCGAGAUCGAGGCUUCUUAAAACUCCACGAUACUCUACUUUCCUUCUUUCUUCGCCCUUUACGAUACGACUAAUUUUUUUUUAUUCGAAACUAUCGCAUGAAGUCACGAUAACGCGAGCGUUGGUCGUUACGGAGCUAUGGAUUUCUCUUUUUUUAUGGGUUAUGGAUCGGUUGAUUCCCUAGCAUUACUUUACUUUCUCCUGUGCAUUAUUUAUGAAGCUUGUACCAUAGACAGGUUCUUAUGGGCAGUGAUACCAAUUCAAUAAAGUUGUCUGUAGCCUGCAGAAUACAAUAAAAAUGGUUCUCCACCAAUCGUGCAUAUU